AAAGUAAUACGGGUUCCUGGAAAACCAAACAUAAGGACCUUAUAUUUGAAUAUAUCGAAAUGGAAGUAUGACCAGGGAGUUACUAUGCAUGGAAGAUUUAAAUGCCCUCCAGAUACAAUAGCACAAUUUGCCGGAAAAUCUAUCAGUUUUAACAAAGUUUCAGACUCAAUUGAUGACUCAGUGAACUUUGAAAUGGUUCUGUUUGAAGACCAGUGGAAGUGGCUGCCUAGACUGACGUUGCGUUCAAAUUCGGUAUCCGAAAAAAUGAACAUUUAUUUAAGCCAUAUACCGGACAACAACGUACAGACCGAAUUCUUGGGAAAAAACAAUUUAGUUGGGAUAUACAAAUCAUCAGAAAACAAAUCAACAACAUAUACUGCCGUUAUUGAGAGUUUUAACAACGAUCCAAUUAGCGAGAAGUUUGACAUAGGACUAAAUAAGUCUGGGGAGAUUAUAAGACUUAAUUCAGAUGUGUACUGUUAUGGAUUGAAUACGGAAUACAGAAAGUAUUUCAAAACGAGAUGUUCUAUGUCUGUAUCCCGUGACCCUUUGUACGUUACGUUUUACGAAGACAACAUGGCUGCGGAUAACAUUGAGUUGUACAACCUCACGUACAUACUGAAACCCGAUCCAUGCGGUUAUCACUGUAUUGCAAGUAUAAACAAAUGGUUUUUCAAAGUCGUUUAGAUUCAACAAGUAUUACUGUCAAAACUUCAUAUUUUGUGGGGUCAGCUUUCGAGUUCUACGGACACACAACGGGUU